UCUUCCAACAAUAUUCUUAUUCAAGCAGGCACCGCAAAGAUUGCUGAUUUUGGUUUGUCUAGCGUUUUGGCUCAAAUGUCUCAAUCUCAUGGUUACGGCAACUCAGCAUACAAGGAUCCAGCCUCUUUUGAUAGUACGAAACGCGGAAAGGAAUCCGAUAUUUUCAGUCUUGGAGUGAUACUUUGGGAGAUUUCAAGUGGAAAAAUCCCUUGUGAAGGACGUGCUAAAGAAUCCGCGAUCAUUCUUUGUAGACUCAAGGGCUUUCGUGAUGCCCCGUUCCCUGGAACACCCAACGAAUAUAUCAAAUUAAAUUAG